CAGCUGGGUCUGCGCAAGCUGGUCUCAGAUCAGUACAAAACCUCAGCGUUAUCGAACCGUUAAUAGUAGAGCUUUUUAGCAGUAGAGAUUACCCGGACAACGUCUACGUCGAACGGAUCUAAUAAAGCAUUAAAGGCUGUCGCUCCUCUCGGAAAAAAUCAUAAUUACUCUCGGAGAAUUCAGACUGUGUCUUGUGUGAAGAUGUUCUACACGUGUGGUCCUAAUGAGGCUAUGGUUGUAUCAGGUUUCUGUCGCUCUCCUCCACUCAUGAUAUCUGGAGGAAGAGUGUUUGUGUUUCCCUGCAUCCAACAAAUCCAGAGGAUUUCUCUGAACACAUUGACAUUAAAUGUGAAGAGUGACAAAGUUUACACUCGACAUGGCGUACCUAUUUCUGUGACUGGCAUUGCUCAGAUGAAAAUUCAGGGACAGAAUAAGCAGAUGUUGGCAGCGGCAUGUCAGAUGUUUAUGGGGAAGUCUGAAGCAGAGAUUGCACAGAUUGCUUUAGAGACUUUGGAAGGCCAUCAGAGAGCCAUCAUUGCUCAUUUGACUGUAGAGGAAAUCUACAAGGAUCGUAAGAAGUUUUCAGAACAGGUAUUUAAAGUUGCUUCUUCUGACCUUGUGAACAUGGGAAUCAGCGUCGUUAGCUACACACUCAAAGAUGUUCAUGAUGAUCAGGAUUAUCUGCAUUCUUUGGGAAAAGCUCGCACAGCCCAGGUGCAAAAGGAUGCCCGUAUUGGAGAGGCAUUAAACAAGAGAGAUGCUGUAAUCAGGGAGGCCCAUGCUUUGCAGGAGAAGGUGUCUGCUCAGUACAUGAAUGAAAUUCAAAUGGCUAAAGCUCAGAGAGACUUUGAACUGAAGAAAGCUGCUUAUGACAUUGAGGUUAACUCUAAAAAAGCUGAGUCAGAAAUGGCCUACCAGCUGCAGGUAGCUAAGACUAAGCAACGUAUUGAGGAGGAGAAGAUGCAGGUUCAGGUGGUGGAACGUGCACAACAAAUCAUGCUGCAAGAGCAGGAGAUCACGCGACGUGAGAAGGAGCUGGAAGCCAGGGUCAAAAAACCAGCUGAGGCUGAACGAUACCGUCUGGAGAAGUUAGCUGAGGCUGAGCGUCUUCAGCUCGUCAUGGAGGCUGAAGCUGAGGCAGAGUCUAUUAGAGUAAGAGGUGAGGCCGAAGCUUUUGCUGUGGAGGCCAAAGGGCGUGCAGAGGCAGAGCAGAUGGCAAAAAAAGCUGAAGCCUUCCAGCAGUAUAAGGAGGGAGCUAUGGUGGAUAUGCUACUGGAAAAACUGCCAAUGGUGGCAGAUGAGAUCAGCAAGCCUUUGUCAGCUGUAAACAAAGUGACCAUGGUUUCCAGUGGUGGCUCAGAAGUGGGUGCAUCUAAGCUGACUGGGGAGGUGCUGGACAUCAUGACCAGGCUUCCUGGGACAAUUGAAAAACUGACAGGAGUUAACAUCUCUCAGGUGGCCAAAACUGGUUAAACAUCAAAACUUCAGCCUUUCAGUAUACGUGCAUAAAUCAUUGUCCCUAUUAGUGGUUCUACUUUUAACUGUUUCUCUAUAUGUCCCUCUUAGUGGUUCUACUUUUAACUGUUUAUCAUCCCAUCUAUUAUUUAAUUCCACCUUCCAGUCCGUUUGUCAUGCCCAGUUUCUCCCUAAUCCCUACAUAUGUUAUUUAAAGGUAUUAUAUCAUGUAUGGUAAUCUUUCAGAUUUUAAGGUUACAGAGAGAAGUUGAGUUUUUUUAAAUUAAUAACUUAAUAGCCUUUCGUUAACUUAAUAGCCUUUUGUGGAAGUAGCUUAAACUAACACUGAAAAAAUCCACUACAUUUAUUCAGAGUAAAAAAAACUCAAUUUUUACCACAAAACCACACGUCCCACAAUUACUGGUACUCUUAUGUUAAGGCCUAAAACUGCAGUCCAAAAAUACUGGCUUUAAUAGAUAAUCUCCCCAUGUUUUCUUGAUUUAACACCCCUGGACUACCUUGGAGGUAAAGGAUGUGGUGUAUUGUAGAAGACCAGCUACACUGUCUGUGCUUUGGAAAGAAAUUGACUUUUAUUCAGGUUUUUUUGUAAAAGUGUGUAUACAUUUUAUCGAUACAAGACUUUGGGGUGUGUGUGUGGGUUUUUGUGUCCAGUCAGUCAGUAGUGUCAAUGAGGUCAGGUACUUAUGUUGGAAGAGAAGGCCUGGCUCACAGUCCAAGUUUAAUUAAUUCUGAAAGUGUUCAGUUUGGUUGAGACAAGGGCUCUGUGUAGGCAACUGGAGCUCCUUUGCACACAACUACACUGUUGAGUCACAUUAUUAUGACCACCAGCUAACAUCCAGAGUAACCGCCGUGUGCAGCACCGACAACAGCAGCUCGACGGGCUGGGAGUGAUUUAAUAAGGUCCUGGUAGGUUGUCACAGGUAUCUGGAGCCAUGCUGACUGCAGUGCAUCCAACAGCUGCUGGACGGUGCCUGGGGGAGGAUUGAGGUGGUCCCACAGAUGCUUAAUUGGGUUCAAGUCUGGGGAAUUAUGGGGCCAGGGUAGUACUUGGAAGUCUUAGUCAUGCUCUUUCAACCAAUGUCGGACUUUUCUAGCCGUGUGACAU